AUGAUGAUGACAAAGAAAUUCGUUGAACGCAGAGAAAAUCCUUUAAUUAUCAAGUUCGUAUGUGGGUUUAGUAAACAUUCCAUUUAUGUUUACACUUCAAUAUCUCCCUUUAUAAAAACACAUUUUGUAGCGAUAUCUGAGCCGAUGGUGGCAUUUAGUGGACUUCGAUACGAAUCUAUUUUUGGUUGA